AUUAUUGCCUAUAACAGACGCACUUUCGAAACGGCCCGGCACAACUUGGUCAUAAACAUCAUGUCCACAGAAGAGUACCCACUGCCGUACCAGGCAGAGUUCUACAUAAAGAACAUGAAUGUGGAGGAGAUGUUGGCAAGCGAGGUUCUGGGAGACUUCCUGGGGGCAGUGAAGAACGUGUGGCAGCCCGAACGCCUCAACGCCGUCAACAUCACCUCAGCCCUGGACAGGGGUGGACGCGUUCCCCUGCCCAUAAACAACCUCAAAGAGGGUGUGUAUGUGAUGGUGGGGGCUGACGUGCAGUUCUCUUCCUGCCUGAGGGAGGUGGAGAACUCCCACAACCAGCUCCGCUGCAGCCAGGAGAUGGAGCCUGUCAUCAGCUGUGACAAGAAGUUCAGAGCCCAGUUCGACAUCGACUGGUGUAAGAUCAAUCUGGUGGACAUCAACAAGAUGAUCAUGAUCCACAGUAACCGUCCGGACCCAGGGACGGGGGUUCUGCCUGACAUCGGGGGGUACAACCCUCCGCCAGAGUCUCUGAAGAGCAGGGACUUCUUUGCCGACUUCCUCAUCACGUUGGCGGUGCCCUCGGCCGUGGCCAUGGUCCUCUUCAGCGUCCUGGGUUACUCCAUGUGCUGCCGGCGGGAAGGGGUGGAUAAAAGAAACAUGCAAACACCAGAUGUCUAAGAACAGGGAGAUCUCCUGGCCCCUCUCCACCCUGCCUGUCUUCAGCCAAAGUGGGGAGGUGGUGCCCCCUAUACACCCAGACAACUACGAGACAACCAGCAUGCCCCUGAUGCAGACACAGACAAACCUGCAGAACCAGAUUCAGAUACCACAGCAACAGCCAUCAGGAGAUAGAGAUAAUUAUUGUAUGUCGACAUUUCGGAGACUGGAGGUAAAUGGCAUUCCUGAGGAGAGGAAAGUGGCUGAAGCAGUGAAUUUGUGACGAGAGAGAACCCCCAGAGUGCUGGAGCUGCUGUCUGUCUCUAUCCCUUUUAGCCAAGUGUUUUUCUAUGUUUACGUCCCAAAUAGCACACUAUUUCCUAUAUAGUGCACACUUCUGACCAGGGCCCAUAGAGUAGUGCACUAUGUAGGGAAUAGGAUGCCAUUUGGAACAAACACUACGUCUGUGCCAAUCUGCAUGCCCAAGCAGUGCUUUCAUACUCGACGCUAUUGUCUUUCCGUGUGCACUUAUAUAUGUGAGCGAGUGUUGCAGAGUACAGUAGACUCCUGAUAAGUGCACAUAGUAUUGGUUAAAAAGAUGACCAAUUAAUUGGGCCUGAAUAAACAACUACACUUCAGAUUUUGCACUAUAUGCUCUUUGGGGCAGCAGGUAGCCUAGCGGUUAGUGUUGGGACCAGUAACCGAAAGGUUGCUGGGUUGAAUACCUGAGCUGACAAGGUGAAAAAUCUCUUGAUGUGCCCAUGAAUAAGGCACUUGACCCUACAUAUUUUUGUGUGCACACUUUCACCACAAUACCAAGCAGUUGCAUUUAUCAGUAGUCAACUAUACAUGUUUGAGUGUAUGAAUGUGUGUAUUCAAGCUUAAUAAUAAAUAUUAAAAUGGUAUGUUUAUAGGAUAUUUUUUAAAUAUUUUUUUCUAGAAAUUAUAUGCCAUUAACAAUAUAUUUGUAUUUUUACUGGCCUUGCACUCUUUAGAUGAAGACAGACAGAGAUGCUUUUAUGUUUAAUGUCUGACAAUGCAUGUGUAACUUUUCAUUUUCUGUCACAUAACAGUAAAAAUACAUUUGGUUUAAA